CUUCUUUCUCUCUCUUCGAUUUGGGGGUGUGAAAGGGAAAAAGCCUCGGCUGCCCCUGCAAUUCUCGUCUUCCAUCCCAUGCCCUUUCUUCCUUUCUCCCUUUCCCGGCACGUCCUCUGAAGGGAGGAGAAGGGGAAAAGCCCCCAAAUUAGCCAGAAAUUACCCAAGGAUUUGAGAUCCUGCCAUCCUCUCCCCUUCCCUCCAUCCUCCCUCUGCAAAUCUUCCCCGCCAUUUCCCCUCCCCACCUCGCUCUUCCUUGCGGGUAUCCCUCGAGGCGGAAGACCUCCUGUCCUGCCUCUUGUUCCUUGAGUUUAGGGUUUUGCAGGAACCGGUUCGAGGCUCUGUUGGGUUCGCUUCUGAUUCUGGCGCUUUUGAGGGAAGAGUUUGAAUAUUUGGUGGGGUUUGGAGGUGAGUUAGGGGGUUCGUUGGUGGUGGAAAUUGAAGGGUUCUUCCCGGUUCUGGGAUCAGUUCGGACGUCUUCUUGCGAGUGCUCGAGAUCAGUGUGUAUGUGGGAAAUUCGAUGGUGUUACUCGGUUCGUUUGGACUCUGCGGUUAGGAAACGGAAGCUUGAAUACCCUGAUGAAGGACAGCUUCUUGAUCGAGGGACUAGCUUUUCUGGAUGGUGCCGGCGACUUGUCUUAUGAAGUUCAUUAGUUUGAGUAGUUUUUGAAGGAAAUUCGGAAUUUGUGGGUUCUUUUUUGUCGCUGCAAGAGAAAGGGUGUUCGCUAUCGAAAAAUCCUAGCUUUCUGAAUGGCAAACCAUGAAUUGGCUCUUGGGCAGGCCCACAGCUUGGAUCUGCGGCAGGCCCACACUCUAGGCCUUAGCCAAGCUCAUGAUUUGGCUCUGCGCCGGAGCCAUGAUCAUAGCUUAGGCCUUGGGCACAGCCACGAGCACGAACUGGCGCUUGGCCAGAGCCAUGGCCUCGCCCUCGCGCCACAUCCACAUGAACUGGAUCUCUCGGACAACCAUGGCCUUCAUGGCCAUGAACUCACUAUUGCGGAAAAUCACGAAUUGGCUAUGGACCACAAUCCAGACUUAGGUGUCAGUAGUGGCCAGGAGCUGGUCAUCUCGUCGGAGCAGCCGCCGUCAGUUGUAACUAGUCAGGCCCUUGUUACACCUAUUCGUCAGUCCCGAGCUCUCGUUGCAGACCCAAGUCAUGAGCUCACAGUCGGGCAGGAAUUUCCUGAUGUGAAGAGCUGCCGAAGAGCCUUGAGAGACGCUGCUAUAGCCUUGCAUUUUGAGAUUCAGACCGUGAAGUCAGACAAGACAAGAUUCACAGCUAAAUGUGCCAGUGAAGGUUGCCCAUGGCGAAUUCAUGCUGCAAAGCUUCCUGGCGUUCCUACUUUUACAAUAAGGACUAUUCAUGCCCAACAUACUUGUGAGGGCAUCACACACUUGGGGCACCAGCAAGCUUCAGUUGGUUGGGUUGCCAGCUCCAUGGAAGAUCGUCUUCGAGAAAAUCCGUCUUAUAAACCAAAAGACAUACUUGAAGACAUACAUAGACUUCAUGGGAUCACCCUAACAUAUAAACAAGCAUGGCGUGGAAAGGAACGUAUAAUGGCUGCUGUUCGUGGUUCAUUUGAGGAAGGCUAUCGUCUUCUACCACAGUAUUGUGAGCAAAUCAAGCGGACUAAUCCUGGUAGUAUUGCUUCAGUGUAUGGUAUAGGUCCUGACAAUUGCUUUCAGCGCUUAUUUAUCUCAUUUUAUGCUUCCAUCUAUGGUUUCGUAAAUGCUUGCCGUCCACUCCUUGGGCUCGACCGGACAGUGUUAAAGAGCAAAUAUCUAGGGACCUUGCUCUUUGCUACAGGAUUUGAUGGUGAUGGUGCAUUGUUUCCACUGGCAUUUGGAGUUGUUGAUGAGGAAAAUGAAGAGAGCUGGAUGUGGUUUUUGUCUGAACUCCAUAAUCUGCUUGAAAUGAAUACUGAAAACAUGCCUAGGCUAACCAUCUUGUCUGAUCGGCAGAAAGGCAUUGUAGAUGGUGUUGAAGCAAACUUUCCCACUGCAUUUCAUGGGUUCUGCAUGCGACACCUCAGCGAAAGCUUCCGCAAAGAGUUCAACAAUCCCAUGCUGGUGAACCUUCUGUGGGAGGCUGCCUAUGCCCUCACUGUUAUUGAGUUUGAGGCCAAAAUAUUAGAAAUAGAAGAAAUAUCACAAGAUGCAGCCUAUUGGAUCCGACGUGUUCCACCUCGUCUUUGGGCUACUGCUUAUUUUGAGGGCACAAGGUUUGGACACCUAACAGCAAACAUUGUGGAGUCGUUAAAUACAUGGAUGCUUGAGGCAUCUGGAUUACCAAUUGUUCAGAUGAUGGAAUCCAUCCGAAGACAGUUAAUGACAUGGUUCAAUGAAAGGAGAGAAACUAGUAUGCAAUGGAAUUCUAUCCUUGUACCAUCCGCCGAAAGGCGUGUAGCUGAUGCAAUUGACCAGGCUCGCAAUUAUCAAGUUCUGCGUGCAAACGAGGCAGAAUUUGAAGUUAUAUCUCAUGAAGGAACCAAUAUUGUAGAUAUCCGAAACCGUUGCUGCCUUUGCCGUGGCUGGCAGUUGUAUGGCUUGCCAUGUUCACAUGCUGUUGCAGCACUCAUCUCUUGUAGACAGAAUGUUAAUCGAUUUACUGAGAGUUGUUUCACUGUCACAAAUUAUCGCAAGACCUACUCUCAGACAAUUCACCCUGUUCCUGAUAAAACAUUGUGGAAGGAAUUGUCUGAGAAUGCACAAAAUGGUGGCGAUAAAGUUGAUAUUGUAAUAGCCCCACCCAAGUCUCUCCGGCCACCAGGACGCCCAAGGAAGAAAAGAGUACGUGCAGAGGAUCGUGAUCGUGUAAAGCGAGUUGUCCACUGUAGCCGCUGCAAUCAGACAGGGCAUUUUAGGACAACAUGCACGACACCUAUAUAAGUCUUCAUUGUGAGUAGUGGCUAGAUUAUUUGAGGUCCUCAGGAGGUCGAGUGCUGCCAGUUUGCUAAUCUGGGAAUUCAGUUUUUUAGCUGUACAUGGUCUUCUGUAUUGAUCUAGUUUUCCUUGAGCGGACCAUCUUCAAGCAACUUCAAGUUUAGUUUGUUUUGUCCGGGGCUGCUGCAAGGUCACCCCGAACCAUCUCACCGGUUUUAAGCUCAAGUGCUUCUUGAUGAACUUCAGCCCUCGGUAGCAGGGUGAAUGAUUAAUGUAUGUAAACAGCACAGUAUCUGCACUUCUCAACUAUCUGCACUUCCAGCUGCCAUCCGUAACCCUUGCAAUCCAUACAGAUCUGUAUUUCUAAUUUUGAAUGCCAAUUCAGUGAGGUGUGAGCGUUCUGUUCUGAUGUGGAUCUUUUAGUUCGUAAUCUUUAUCACCCUUCUUGACUUAUGGAGUCAAAUUUGAAU